AGCGGUGGCGAGAGGAGGGCGGUGCGUGGUGACCGCGGAGAAAGGUCUGCGAGUCCCGGCGAGUGAGUGGCCCUGAGGCCCGUGAAGCCUUGUUCGGGGUAUCGCUCGGACACAGCGGAGCUGGGGGGGGGGGGGGCCACGCGCCCGCCUGGCGGACGGGUCCGGCCGGCCGUCGAGAGGGACACGGACGCGAUACGGCGGCGGAUCGUGGCGACGGGGUGAAUCGAGGCGCCGCGGCCUGAGCAAGAUCCAAUAGAGAAAAAAACCAUGACAUUUGGAGGCAGAAGUUUUGUUUUAAAUCCUUGCCUUUUCACCGGCUAAUUUUGUGAGUUGGAAAUAAUUGUACAAGAUGUUGAAGUUGCAGUUCUGGCUAGUGCAAGCUUUGGUUAUUUUCCUCACUGCUGAAUCUUUAGGUGAACUUCUGGAGCCAUGUGGUUAUAUCAGCCCUGAGUCUCCAGUUGUACAACGUGGUUCAAAUUUCACUGCAGUUUGUGUGCUGAAAGAAAAGUGUAUGGACUAUUUUCAUGUAAAUGCUAGUUAUAUUGUCUGGAAAACAAACCAUCUUGCUGUUCCUAAAGAACAAUAUGCCAUUGUAAACAGAACAGCAUCUAGCGUCACCUUUACAAAUGUGGGUUCACUGAACGUUCAGCUUACGUGCAACAUUCUUACCUACGGACAGAUUGAGCAGAAUGUCUAUGGAAUCAACAUCCUUUCAGGCUUUCCUCCAGAAAAACCUAAAAACCUGAAUUGCAUUGUGAAUGGGGCUAAGAGUAUGAUGUGUCAGUGGGAUCCUGGAAGGGAGACAUACUUGGAAACAAACUUCACUUUGAAAUCCGAAUGGGCAACAAGCCAGUUUGCUGACUGUAGAGCAAAACGUGACACCCCAAACUUUUGCCUUGUUGAAUACGUACCUGUGUUUUUUGUCAACCUUGAAGUCUGGGUAGAAGCAGAGAAUGCCCUUGGGAAAGUCACAUCCGAUCAUAUCAAUUUUGAUCCUGUAGAUAAAGUGAAGCCCAGUUCUCCUCGUAAUUUAUCUGUGAGCAACUCAGAGGAACUGUCUACUAUCUUAAAAUUAACAUGGAUCAAUCCAAGUAUUGAAGAUGUUAUAAGACUGAAAUACAAUAUUCAUUAUAAGACCAAAGAUGCCUCAACUUGGAGCCAGAUCCCUCCUGAAGAUACGGUCUCCACUCGAUCUUCAUUCACUGUCCAGGACCUUAAGCCCUUCACAGAGUAUGUGUUUAGGAUUCGCUGUAUGAAGGAAGAUGGGAAAGGCUAUUGGAGUGACUGGAGUGAAGUUGCAAGUGGAAUCACAUAUGAAGACAGACCAUCCAAAGCACCGAGUUUCUGGUUUAAGAUAAAUUCAUCUAAAACUCUUGACUAUAGAUCUGUACAGCUUAUGUGGAAGACACUGCCUCCUUUUGAAGCCAAUGGGAAAAUCUUGGAUUAUGAAGUGACUCUUACAAAAUGGAAAUCACGUCUACAAAAUUACACAGUUAAUGACACAAACUUGACAGUAAACCUCACAAAUGAUCGCUAUAUAGCAACUCUAGCAGCAAGAAAUCUGGUUGGCAAGUCAGACGCAGCAGUGUUGACCAUCCCUGCCCGUGACUUUCAAGCUUCUCCUCCCGUAAAGGAUCUGAAAGCAUUCCCCAAAGAUAAUAAGCUUUGGGUAGAGUGGACGUCUCCAAGUAAAUCUGUGAAGAAAUACAUACUUGAAUGGUGCAAGCUGUCAGACACAUCGCCCUGUGACCCAGACUGGCAGCAGGAGGAAGGCACUGUACAGAGCACCUAUUUAAGAGGAAACCUAAAGGAGAGCAUAUGCUAUUCCAUCACAGUGACUCCGGUGUAUCAGAACGGACCAGGAAGCCCUGAGUCUACCAAGGCAUACCUUAAACAAGCUGCACCUUCUAAAGGACCUACUGUUCGGACAAAGAAAGUGGGGAAAAACGAGGCUGUGUUAGAGUGGGAUCGGCUUCCUGUUGAUGUUCAGAAUGGAUUUAUUAGAAAUUACACUAUAUUUUAUAGAAGCAGCGCUGGGAAUGCAACAGUGGUGAAUGUGGAUUCCUCCCACACAGAAUACACACUGUCCUCUCUGACGAGUGACACUCUAUACAUGGUCCGAAUGGCAGCAUACACAGAUGAAGGUGGCAAGGACGGCCCAGAAUUCACUUUCACCACACCCAAGUUUGCUCAAGGAGAAAUAGAAGCCAUAGUUGUGCCUGUCUGCUUAGCAUUCCUAUUGACAACUCUUCUGGGAGUAUUGUUCUGCUUUAAUAAGCGAGACCUAAUUAAAAAACACAUCUGGCCCAAUGUACCUGAUCCUUCAAAGAGUCAUAUUGCCCAGUGGUCACCUCAUGCACCGCCAAGGCACAACUUCAGUUCAAAAGAUCAAAUGUAUUCUGAUGGCAAUUUCACUGAUGUAAGUGUUGUAGAAAUAGAAGCAAAUGACAAAAAGCCUUUCCCAGAGGAUCUGAAAUCUUUGGACCUGUUCAAGAAGGAAAAAAACAGUACGGAAGGCCACAGCAGUGGUAUUGGCGGAUCUUCAUGCAUGUCAUCUUCUAGACCAAGCAUUUCUAGCAAUGAUGAAAAUGAGUCUUCACAGAACACAGCCAGCACUGUCCAAUAUUCUACCGUGGUGCACAGUGGCUACAGACACCAGGUUCCAUCAGUCCAAGUCUUCUCAAGAUCUGAGUCCACCCAGCCCCUGUUAGAUUCAGAAGAACGGCCAGAAGAUCUACAGUUGGUAGAUAGCUUAGACAGCGGAGAUGGCAUUUUGCCCAGGCAACAGUAUUUCAAACAGAACUGCAGUCAGCCUGAAACCAGUCCAGACAUUUCACAUUUUGAAAGGUCAAAGCAGGUUUCUUCAGGCGGUGAGGAAGAUUUUGUUAGACUUAAACAGCAGCAGAUUUCAGAUCAUAUUUCACAGUCCUGUGGAUCCGGGCAAAUGAAAAUGUUUCCAGAAGUUUCUGCAGUAGAUGCUUUUAGCCCUGGGACUGAGGGACAAGUGGAGAGAUUCGAGCCAGUUGGAAUGGAAGCUGUGAUAGAUGAAGAAAUAUCUAAAAGUUACUUACCACAGACCGUAAGACAAGGUGGCUAUAUGCCCCAGUGAAAGUCUAGUAAAGCUAAAAUAUUUCAGAUACAAAAAAAUCUUCACUCCCUGAAGAUGAUCAGUUGCCUUCAAAGACACGCUCUCCCCUGGGCCAUUGUCAUUCCAGAAUGUCUGAGAUUCUACUUUAAGCACUACAGAAACUAACUUUUUCCUCUGGAUAGCUGAAUGACUUUGUGCUGUCUCAGGAUGCUUGCACUGAAAAGAAACAGAAAGCAUGUCCGGAAGUUGGCGAAGUAGAGCCUCGCUUUGCUACACAGAAAACAGGGUAUUUAAACAACGAGCAGCGGGCACAGCUCUGAUGGUUUGAAGGGAAAAGCCAUCACAAUAAAUGGCUUAGGGAUGAGCAAUAGAAGAAAAAGGUGCAGUACAGAACUCUGCUUCAGCUGACUUCCUUCAUGGAAGAAGAGACCACAGGGCAUGAAAAGCUCUGCCCAGCUUUGGAGAGCUAAUGAGAAAUGGUGGAGAGGUUCAUUUAUUGGUCUACCAUCAUUCAAAUUAUGCCUUACUUUUUUUCUGUGGGUAUCAGUUGUUACUAGAGCAAAGGAGUUAUAGAGCUUAAACUUUGAAAAAACAACAUGUUUUAAAUAUUACAUAAUCAAACUCGCAAUUCAACUUGUUUAAAUUUGCUUUUUAUUCUCAAUAGGCUCUUUGCAGAUCCAUUUUACAAACCCAGCAGUUGCCCUGGCAGGAGCUAGGAACACACGCAUCAGCUAUCUCAAACAGUUCCACAAUAAUUGUCUAUUUUUAAAGGUUCACUUGGUAUUUUUCUAUAUAUAAAUAUCUACAUGCAUAUAUACAUAUAUAUACACAUAACAUGUACAUAUAUAACUGACACAUACAUCCAUGCAUAUAUCAUUGACCCUUGUUAAGACUUUAGGGAAUUUGGUUGACAGACUACUUUAUACACGUCAUCAGCUUAAAAUGUAUUAGAAUUGAACAUACCUUAUUUUGAUAAGUAUGCCAAGGUUUAAAUUUUUCUAAGGUAUUUGAAGCAAACCAAUAGGGCAGUAUCCAUCACAACUAAAACAGAAUCCCAGGGUUGUACAUACUGAUCUCAGUAGAUCUCACAGCCAGUAUCUUCACUGUAGACAUCUAAUAAAGAGAUAGGGUUUGGGUUUUUCUUUGUUUGUAUGAUAUUGGUUUUCUUUUGUGUUGUUUUUUUUUUUUUUGCAGAGGUGGGGGGAGGGUAAUUUUGUUUUGUUCUGUUUUAUUGGCUGUACAAGGGGUUAAAUCCAGGGCCUUGCACAUGCUAGUCAAGUGUUCUACUAUUGAGAAACCCCCAUUCCUGGCUUUGUUUUUGAGCCAAGUUCUUGCUGUGUGGCCCAGAUUGUCCCCAGCCUGGGCUCAAGCAGUCCUUGUUCCCCAGUCCUGAGUAGCUGGGACUACAGCUGUGUGCUACCACAUGUGAGAAGAAAUAUACUCCGCUAUCUCUUUAUUCUAUCCCAUGCUGCAGCAGGAUGAAAUUUCACUCUACAUUGUGCUUUAGAAAUAUUUUAAACCUCUUCUUUCCAGUUCUGUUCCUUAGGAGAAAAGUGAGCCAGGCUUUCAGGGUUUAGCAGUAAAGCCACGAAGCAUUUAUGCCAUUCCCUAACUACAUGAAGGCAAAAGCUAAUGCUAGGGCCUAGAAAAAGAAAAAACAAUGAGAAGAAAUGGUCAUGUUUCAUUAGUGCCUGACUUCCACCACCCAGUGCAUUCAGGGGGAACAGGUGUGUCUUUCCGUUAAGCUUAGUGUCAGAAAAUUGACACAGUUAAAAGAGUUUGUUAAAGGUUAUUGAAAAAGAAACAGCGAAGAAAAAUCAGUAUACCUUUACAGUUGAAAUAUACUUCUGUGUUUUACUCAAAAUAGUUUUCAUGUUAGACUUCCAAAUAUAUUUUAUCAUUCUUAUUGUUUUGUUAUAUCAUACCUAAUAGCUUAUCUUCAUUUCUUCACAUAUAUGUUUGUGAGAUAUAGGAGAUACUUUGUUGUAAUAGUAGCCAAACCAACCUGAGAUUGGUAAGAAUAAGAAAAAUAAGGCCCAGAGAGGUCAGGUAAGGACCUAGAGACUCAAACUCACACUACAAAGUUAGGGUAUCGCCACCGUUCAAAGUUGGUCAUCAAAAACUGGGCCAGAUCAAGGCUGAGUGUGUCUGUCUAUGUAUAUAUCUGUCCAGAAGUUUGCACCUAUAACUAUUUCAAUUUCCUCACAAGUAAUCGUAUUGCUAUAAUCUUAUUUAGCUGUGACCUUCCUCAUAACCAGUAGUGUAAAGAACAUUAUCGUAUGAGGUUUGUACAUUUCGGGGCUGAAGAGACAGGUAUAAACUGUGUACUUUUGAUCCAAGGGACUAAGAAUGAGGAGUCAUUGAAGUGAAGACCUCAUGGAAGCAGAUUUGCAUGUUGAGCUCCAUCCGGAACAUUCACAGAGAAUGAAUGCCUUGCCCACCCAGCACUUUAUACAUAUAAGAAGAUUAAAUUGUUACUGUGCAAAAAUUCAUUCAGGAAAUAAGUAUGUAUUUGAGCACUAAUAUUGAAGGUGCAUCUUUUCCCUAAAGAGAAAAUCAUAAAGCUUGUCUUAAAUAAAAAUUACUUUCCUAAAGCAUGUUUUAGAAUAAUCUGUGUUUUGAUGCAUGUGCAUUGUACUUUAAUAGAGCAAUAAAUCUGGUUUAUGUAAAAACUAGUCUAAUGAAAGUGCAUUUAAUAUUCUUUAAGUCUUCAGUGUGCACACAUGUGAUUGAAAGUCCUGCCUAGUCAAAAAAGCAGUCUUGUGGUGGAUAAAAUUAAUUCACUGCCUCUAAUGUAGUUGUGCCCUUUAGGAGGGAAAGAGAUUCACUACCACGCACGUUGUCCUAUGUAAUUGGACUGUCAGCUACUGGUGCCUUUAGUUUUCUAUCUUUAUUUCUAAUAAAUACAUAAUGCUGAAUAGACAAAUAUAGAAUGCUGUAGGACUUUGGGGUUUUCUACAAUUUUAGUCCUUUUUUAGCAUGAAUAUGUCAGUACUCAGAAGCCUCUUGAGCAUUGUAUAGGAGCAAGAAGGAGAGGCAGCCUUACGUAUACCUUCAGGUCUAUUCUCUACCGGUUCAUUUCGGCCUUAUGCCUUGAUAAAGGGAUCUGCCGCACUGAGUCCUUGUGAAAUUCAAGCUUAAGGAAAUUGACAUUUAUUGAAGCUCAUUAAUGUAGAAUAGCUAAAGUACUUUUUGAAACACGAAUCAGACAAAUAGAACUUUUUAAAAUGUCUUUUCUUUUCCAUAUAACGAAGUAGUUAAAACCAUGAUGCAAAUGAGAUGAGCCAGGUUGGUUCCCCCUUGAACACUACUAGCCUUGUCUUACAAAUGUAGGUUGCAAAAUGCCAGAUGUGAUGUGUCAGAAACAAAGGGAUAUUGUAAAGCUGGAUAUUUGAAAAUGUAUUAAGUAAUGUGCCAUUUGCUAGGGUGACAGUUGCGGUGACUAUAGCAUUAUGUGUGUCCCUUUUAGGUCCUAACUAUUCCUCACUUGUACAAUCCUUUCACCUUCACUUCCUGUUUUACUUCCUCUAACUUUUUUUAGAAGAGGUACAGUGUUGUAUGUAGUAUUACCUUGAGUGAUUGCAUGUGCUGAUCAUUGCUACAGCUAUUUUUUAUGUUGAUAUAACUAAAUGUUAUUAAAUGUUUUACUACAUAACCAGCUGUAUUCCUUUAAGUAGAUCUAAAAAAUAAAUUCUUGUUCUUUACUUCA